CACGUGGCAUAGUAACACUAGGCUUUGAUACGCAUCUGAGAGAGAGAGCAGUCACGGUAUCCUGACCUCCAAGAUCACGAAACAAAGCAAGGCCCAAAACGCUACACCGUAAGAAAAACGGAAAUGGCGGUUUCUUCCUCACCUUCAGUUCUCUCCACCACUUUACUAUCCAGAAUCAGCCUCAGUUCUCAGCCACUCGAAGCUAGGGUUAGGGCCCGCUUUUCGAUUCAAACAACUCCUGCCUCUACCCAGCAACUUAAAUUGUUUGGAAAUUUGAGGAGAUUGAAUGCUGCUGGAUUGUCAGAGAUUGAACCGGACCUCAACGAAGAUCCCGUCGACCGUUGGGGCACCAACGGAAUCAGCUCCGAAGAUUUUAAAUAUGGGUAUUAUGAUGGACAUCACACUUACUUUGAAGGCGAUGACAAAGGAACAUUCUGGGGAGCAAUUGCAGAGGAUUAUGCAGCAGUAGAGCCCCCCACAGGGUUUCAAGGGUUUAUUUCAUGGGCUUUCCUUCCAGCAAUUGCUGCAGGGAUGUAUUUCAAUGUCCCGGGGGAGUACUUAUACAUAGGAGCAGCUUUGUUUGCUGCAGUAUUUUGCAUAAUUGAAAUGGAUAAACCAGACAAACCCCACAAUUUUGAGCCACAGAUAUACAAUAUGGAGAGGGGAGCUCGUGACAAGUUGAUAGCCGACUACAACACCAUGGAUAUAUGGGAAUUUAAUGAGAAAUAUGGGGAUCUGUGGGAUUUCACCGUGAAGAAGGAUGACAUAGAAAAGAGAUAACUAUUCCUGAGCAGAAUUAUUGUUAGAAUUGCACAAUCAUUCCACACAUGGACAGUUAAAGGUAUCCAUAACCUCUCUCGGCCACCACCAAAAUCCCAUCGGUACAUAUUUAUAUGGUGAACAUUGAACAAUGUGAGUGUAAUUCUAGUAGCAAAAUAUCAAUGUGAAUGAAAAAAAAAAAAUUCUUGCCACAA